AUGGCAAAGCUAGAGGAGCAAGAUAUUGGGACUACCGAGGUCGAGGCCGAAGCAAAUGUGUUGGAUAAAGAACCAAGUGGUGAAGUUGCUACUUCUGAUACAAAAAGCAAGAAGAAAAAGAAGAAAAGUAAAAAGAAAAAGAGCAAAACUUCUGUGUGUGGAUCUGGCUCGAAGCUUCCGCCAUUUCGCGGUGUUCAAGGAUUUACAGACAGUUACAUAGCCAUCGGACAAACUGAUCCACCGACAAUUCCCAUAGCUCAACUCUAUCCAGAUGGUCAUUACCCUGAGGGCGAGAUUCAAGAGCAUCCUGGUGACUUGAAUACUUUUCGCAUCACUAGCGAAGAAAUGCGUGCGCGUGAUCGUGCACAAUUGGAUCUGUAUGACACCGUGCGACACGCUGCUGAGGUGCAUCGUCACGUGCGCAAGUUUGCUCAAAGUCUGAUGAAGCCUGGUGUGAAGCUUAUUGAUAUGUGCACACAGCUUGAGAAUAAAAAUCGCGAGUUGGUAGUCGAAGCCGGGUUUGAGCGGGGUAUUGGCUUUCCAACAGGUUGUUCACUUAAUCACGUUGCAGCUCAUUAUACGCCUAAUUCGGGGGACGACACUGUUCUAUCAUAUGGAGAUGUAAUGAAAGUGGACUUUGGGACACAAGUGAAUGGGCGGAUUAUUGACAGUGCAUGGACUGUAGCGUUUGAUCCUCAAUUUGACCCAUUGUUAGCAGCUGCUAAAGCGGCGACAGAAGCGGGGAUUGCAAAUGCUGGAAUUGAUGCACGACUUGGUGAGAUCGGUGCAGCAAUUCAAGAAGUCAUGGAAUCGUUUGAGGUGACGAUCAACGGGAAAACGUACCCUAUCCAAUCAAUUCGUAAUCUGAAUGGACAUUCUAUUGGUCCGUAUCAAAUCCACGCAGGCAAAAGUGUUCCUAUCGUAAAGACUGAAGAUCAGACAAAGAUGGAAGAAGGAGAGAUCUUUGCUAUCGAAACAUUCAAUACCACGGGACGCGGGUAUGUAGUAGAGGAUGGAGAGUGCUCGCAUUAUGCCAAGGCAUUUGAUGCUCCGCACGUGCCAUUGCGAUUGCCUCGCGCGAAGAAAUUAUUGGGUCAUAUUACGCGAACUUUCGGUACAUUACCGUGGUGUCGUCGAUGGAUUGAACGAGAAGAUGGUGGCUCAGCUACUCUUAAUUCCAAAGGUGCCAAACAAGAAAAGUAUUUGAUGGCGCUUAAAAAUCUUGUGGAUAAUGGGAUCGUUACGGCAUAUCCGCCGUUAGUCGAUAUCAAAGGUAGCUACACGGCACAAUAUGAACACACGAUUAUCUUGCGUCCGACAUGCAAAGAAGUGUUAUCACGUGGCGAUGACUACUAG